AUGACCACUCCUAAGAGCUCCCCCACCCUCAAAGCCACGCGUAGCGUCGGCACGACGGAUCAGCGCCGCGUCGUGAGCGACAGCAACGCUCUUCAACCCCUCUCACCUUCCCUCCAACCCCCCUCUAGUCCCUAUCUUCCUCCCCUUCCAGACACCUCGGACGACCUUUCGACCGAGUCUCGCCUUCCACUCCUCGCGUCGUCGGUCGCCAGCUCGACCCCUUACUCAGUCAAGUACAUCCGUCCCCUUCCGGGAAACCUCUUCGAGACUCCGACCAACACCGAGUCGUCGGGCGACCGCUCCUUCAGCACGCCCUCCGUCAACAACAGCGGCAGCUCGGCGUCUAUGGACAUCUUCCUCGGUCCGCAGCCCAUAUCGUAUGUCCACCACCGCCAGCGCCUUCUCGACGAUGACUUCGACCGCUCGCCUUCUCGCCCCUCGCCCGCGAUGCUUGCUGCCAAGGCCAGCCACGCCGUUGCCGUCAAGGCUGACGUCAACGAUGGCCUCAAUUCGGAGAAGGGUGGCGCUGACGAAGUUGUUCACCUCUCAACUUGGCGCCAGAAGCAGCUCAAGAAGUUCAAGCAUGGUCGUCCUGUCGCCGGUGCGCGUGAGCGCCCCAUCCCUACCCUCCAUGGUCCCCUCUCCCUUCCCUAUGCUCGCAACCCCAGCGGCGUUGAUGCCACUGUCGCGGACCAGUCUUCAUACAUGACGCACGUCUUUGGCAUCCGCGCUGCCAACUCCACCGUGACCUUGACCACCACGAGCAAGUCCGAUUCGACCUCUCGUACCUCCCGCAUUCCCUCGGACUCGACUAACCGGACCACGUCUGGCUCGAGCUAUCUCUCGACAGAGGGCCUGUCUGACUACCCUCCUAGCUCGUCGAGUUCACUCUCCUCCGUCAAGCCCCCCAUUAUGGUCCGUGACCCUACCCAGGUCACCGGCCAGAAGAAGGGCUCAAGCAUGGACAGCAGCAAGCUUAACCUGAACCCUGAGCUUCUCCUUCCUCCUACCAACUCCAACCAGCACCGUUCGCAGGUGGAUAUCCGCUCGCAGCUUGGCAUUGGCAAGCCUCUCGCUCCCAUUCCGGGCUCUCCUCCGCCAGUCCCCUUUUUCGGCAUCGACAGCGCCAUUCACUCGGCCAGCAUGGCUACCUGGCAGGGCCCCGCUGACCAGAAUCACAACCUCUCCGACUUUGUCUCGCUUGCUCUAGUCGAUCCCGUCACCAAUUCGGUCUUCAAUGUCCGUGUCCCCAAGUCGCCCAACGCUACCGCUCUCGGCAGCAUUCCCUGCGAGAUUGUUCCUACGGGCUCCAAGUUCAACGCCCUUCACCAGAGCGCCACCUCCAAGGCUGACGCGAGUGCCAACUGGCGCAACCGUACUUCCUCUGUCCCCAUGGUCCAAGUCAGUGGCAGUCCCGGCCAGGGCAGCCUUCAUCACUUCUCUGGCUCCCUCUCGAGCCCCACGAAGUCCCCUGUAGAAGUUAUCACCAUUGACCAGCUGUCGCAGAAGUUUGGUCACAUGCGUACGGACUCCAACGGCAAGACUGAGAAGCCUACUAACGCCAUCAUUAACAAGAAGGGCGACAAGCCCAUCUCGAAGAUGGAGCCGUCCGCCAAGACCCUCGGAGACAGCAUAGGUCGUCAGGUCAACGUCGAUCCCCUUGUCGCUAAGGUCUCUUCGACGAAGAAGCUCCGCAUCGCGGUCAACAAGAAGAGCUCCUCCCCCACCACCUCGCGCCUUAAGGGUACUCCCAACGCCGGCAAGCACCUCAAACCCGCGGCCACCGAGGCCGCUGUCUCUGUCAAGUAG